UUGACAUCAGACGUGUGAGGUGUCGCUGUUUUAAUGAAGAUCAGACUCGUAUCUCCACAUUAAUUCUCUUUCUGGACUCUAAAGCUUCAUUCUGCUGAUGAAAGGAGCGGAAAACACAUUUAGCGCGCGAGAGAAACUUUAACGCACUGAAGCUUCAUCGCGCUCUAUUUCGUCUCAUAACUUUAUCUGCUUUUCUAAAGAUGUUCUCUUUAUACCGUCUUGUCAUUCUUAUCUCGGGCUGGUACAUGAGCACGUGUGUGUUGGCGGUCAGUUGCGGUGGUCCGGUUCGGCUGGAGAAAAGAUCUGCAUGGCUCUCUGCGGUCAGUCAGUGUGAGUCCAGACUCAGAGAUCUUCAUGAUGGACGUGGUCAUGUGACCGUACACAUCCCUCCUAACAUCACAGGUCACUGGGUGUCUAACAGCUGUGAGGUGAGACCCGGCCCAGAGUUCCUCACUCGCUCCUACCGUUUCUACUCCAAUCACACCUUCCACGCGCUCCAGUUCUACUACCAGGACCACCACUGCACUAAGCCCAGCUACACGCUCCUGAUCCGGGGCAACAUCCGCCCCCUGCAAGCCUCCUGGGUGGUCCGCGGGGGUACAGAGUCCGAAUACCGCCUGAGCCGAGUUCUGCUGCUGUGUCACAGCUUGGCUGCCGAUGUCCAGCGGCGCCUGGAGACGGGCUGCGAACUGCGGGGGGUGCUGCGGCCGGGUGAGACGCAUGAGUUGUGGGACGAGCGGUGGGCGUCGCCGGGUCGUGACUGUACCCCUGGCUUAGACUUCAGCAUGCAGGAGCUGCAGCUCAUGCGGCUGGAGAGGCGCUAUCACCAUGGCGACCCCGGCAGAGAGGCGGAGGAGCUGUUCCUGGGAGAUGUUCACACCGAGCGCGCUCAGAGGAGACUCCACCGGCCCUCUGGCUACCAGACCCCCUUACAGAGCGCCAAGACCGAUGACCGUCACUGCAGAGUUUGUCAAAUGAUUGCUUCUGCCGAUCUUCAUCAUCCUCCCGUCCUGCCAGCCCAGAGGAACCAACCGGUACGUCUCCAUGGAAACUGGGUGAGCACACGAUGUGAAGUUCGCCCGGGCGUCCUCUUCCUCACCCGAUAUCUGACAUUCCACGAGGAGAGCGGCACAUGGAAAGGACAGUAUGAGCAUUUCUCUGACCCCGUCUGCAGACACCCGACCUUCAGCAUUACGGCCAGUGGACAUUACAUCAGAGGAGCUCCUUCAUCCACCGUCAUGGGUGCUGUCCAGUUCACCUUCACAGUGACCCACAUGAAGGUGACGCCAAUGGAUGUGGCCACCACGUCUCUGCUGAACGUCUUCAGUGGUAAUGAAUGCGGAGCGGGGGGCUCGUGGAAGCUGGCCGUUCAACAGGACGUGACAUCAACGGCUGGUUGUGCCGCACUGGGAAUACGGCUGCCACACACGGAGUACGAGCUCUUCAGCAUGGGUCAAGACUCCGAUGGACACAUUCUCCUGUAUAACGGCCAGAGACCCACCAACGGCUCCAGUCCUGAUCAACCCCACUCACGGGCCACGUCCUACCAGCCGCCUUUGAUCCGCUGCACGGCCGUCCAGAAGGGGGAGCCGUACAUGAGUAAAGAGGGAGACCAACAUUUCAGACUCAGCAAUGGAUGUGACAUCAUCACGGCUUUAUUUAAUCUCACCGUAUUGAUCGUAUUAAUCACGUUCAUGUAGCCGGGAUGAUCCGAGACUGUGUCGCUCCUUGUGACUCGGGUCAGCCCAUUUGUUUGCACUAUUUGAAACAUGUAAAGACUCAUUAUGUGAACUGAAUAUUCUGUGUGCGACGCAUGAUGUGUCCUUAGGACAGUUCUGCACAGUUGUGUGUAUUUGUAAAUGUCAGAUGAGGGAGGUCGCAGAGGCCGUGACACAUGCAUGCGUUGCAGUGAUGAUGGUGAUUAUAUUCUCUUUAUUCACACAUGUCGUAUAAUGUUUGUUUUGAAGAUUUACAAAAAUCUAUGGAUUUUAACCAGACAACAGAAUCUGCUUUUAACUCUACUUGCCCUACAGAUGGAUUUGGAAAACUCACGGUCAGUGUUAUUUACGGGAGGUUAUUGUAUCAGUAGCAGCUCUGCAUUAGCUUGAGGUUUUUUGUCACAGCAUGUUGUGUAACGU